CUCCCACCUCAUUCAGUGACUGGAUCUCAAUCGGUUGGUGUAUAUUUUGAGGAAAAAAAGUCGAAAAAUAAACUACAAUUUAUUUCAACCAAGAGGCGAGAAUUCCAAAAAAAAAAUGUCACAGAAUCCAAAGGAUCACAAGGCCUCUGGUUCUGGCGAAGGAGAGGUAUCUGCGAAGUCUGCAGGAUACGGUCGUCGUCCGCAGGCUGAGAUAGUCCGCGAACUGCGCCGCUUGAAGGCCUCGCCUCUGAGGAUCGAGGACGAGAACGAGCUGUGGACUGGUGUGCAGGAGAAGCCGCCACCGCCAGACAUUCCACUGGUGAGCCUCGAGCAGCUGGAGGCACUGCGACUGACACGCCAUCGCAUUAGCCAGCUGCUGGUCCGUCCGGCCUUCGAACAGGCCGUGACCGGAUGCUUUGUCCGGGUCAAGGUGAACUCGGAGGAGGAGAAGCCGGAGUAUCGAAUCGGUGAGGUCCUCGGACUGACGGAAAUGGACUUUGGCUACAAGGUGGGUGAGAUACCCACCAAUAAGGUCCUUCGUUUGCGCUACGAGGAUCUGAUAGCCUAUCACGAGAUCACCGAUAUAUCGAAUAUGUCCUUCACCGAGGAGGAGUUUGAAUUGUGGCGCGACAAUUGCGUCAAUCAGGCCAUCGAUCCGCCCACCACCGGCACGGUGGCCCGCAAGAAGAUCGAGCUCUACAACGCCAUGCAGUCGGAGGCCAAGGCCCCGGCCCUCGUCCGUCAGAGCUUCACUCAUGCGAUGCGACCGCCGCAACGUGGCGGUAUUCUGGAGCGUCACGGCGGCGUCUAUCCCUGGACAGUACAGAUGCCGGAGCAUUACAUUCCGAUACCGCCACCACCACCCCCACCAAUGAAUCCACCGGUGGGUCUUACCUACCGUCCCCCAUUGAUGAUCAAGACCGUGGAGGAUAGCGAUGAGAUCCGCUCUUCCGAUCCCAUUACCAUUCCAAAUGAUCAAGAAUCCAAAUAGGAAACUUAAAAAAACACUAAAAAAUGCUUAAAUUUAAAGUUUAAACACCAAUUUAAACACCAAAAACAUCAAAUAAUAUUAAGAAUGGAGGAUAUUGAAGAUUUUCAUACCAUUUGGCAAAUUAUAAGUAGCUAUAGUAUGGCUAAUAAUAGUAUAAAAUGGUAUAUUAUUUUAUGAAUUUUAAAAUAAUAUAUAUUUACUCUUUAUAUACAAAAAUCGAUCUUCUUCCAUUCACGUUCAUGAAAAAAAUAAGAAGUCUUUAAGAAGUCAACUUUGUAACAUUAUUCCUCUGUACCAAUCAUACACUUAUAUAUAUAUAUGUAUUAACAUCGAUUUGGAAAUGAAUAUAAAUAUGUUCUU